ACCUGAUCAGUGAACUGUAACUGCAGAGAAGUCAGGAGGAAGCAGGAUCUACCUAUGUAAUUUUUAUUUAACAGUGAGCAUUGUUUAUACAUGCCCAAACAUGCAGAGUAGAAGUUGUUCCAUCUCAGUGAUUUUCCUCUGGCUUGUGACUUCAGCAGUGCUAGCAAAAGCAGUGGACAACAUGGAGGGAAAUACAGCUGCCUCUAAGGAUUCGGUUCCCCACAUCGCUCUGUUGGCAUCAGGAGGUGGCCAGAGGGCAGCUGUGGGUCUGGUGGGUUCCCUCUAUCAGAUGGAAAAGGAAGAUCUGUUGGACACUCUGCUCUACCUCGGAGGAGUUUCUGGGUCAACAUGGUCCAUGUCCUCCAUCUACAGUGACCCACAGUGGAGUGCCAACAUGGACACAGCAGUGUCAAGGCUGUCAGGCCCUGGGGUUGAGCUGGGGGAGGCUUUGGCCUGGAUAAAUGAGAGGUCAAAGGAUGAGUACUUCUCUCUCACUGAUGUCUGGGGAGUCUUGACCUCUGCUGGGAUCAUGAAACAGAUGGACCUACGACAUCUUUCAGACGAGGUUAGCAGAAAUGCCACCAACCCUUACCCUAUCUACAGCGCCAUAGAAAAGCAUUGCUUCUCAGAUGGGCCCAUAGAAGGGAAAUGGCUCGAGGUGAGCCCUCACGAGGCUGGUUUCACGGAGUUGGGUCUCUUCAUUGAAACAUCUCUUCUGGGGAGCAAGUUUGAGGGUGGAGAACUGCUGGAAGAGAAGCCAGAGAUGGACAUGGUGACAUUACAAGGUGUUCUAGGUUGUGCACUGGCUGAUGAGGAGACUGUCAAAGUAUUCAUACCUCCCUGGCUGAAUGUGCCUGGAUAUAUAGAUGCUACUGCUGAAGAGUACCUGCAUGUAUACAAUCGCCUUAUUAAACUAGUAGCCCUGACCAGAAGCACCAUUAAGGAUCCUACUGCUCUUUCUGACAUGGACAAGCUGCAGAAAAUACUAGAAGGCAUGGUAAAUCAUAAUAAGUCAGUGUUGCUGGAGUCAAACAGUUCGGCUGAAAGAAAAGGUCUUUUUCAGCAGUGGAGUCUGGAACUGCUGGCUGCAGUAGAGACCUGGAGCCAGAGUCUGGAGGAUGGCCCUAUGAAAACACAUGUCUCUGUGCUUACUAAGAAGGUCCUCCCCAUGAUUAUGAAAUGGGAGUGGGGAACAACAGCAAACUUCCUCUACCAAUACCCAGAUUCCAUGGUUCCACUUUGCCUCCGCUCUGAAGAAAGAUUCCACCUGGUAGACGCUGGGCUGCUGAUUAACGUAGCCUAUCCUCCAUUUCUGGGAGACAAGAGAGACAUCGACCUAAUCGUUGCACCAGAGUAUAGUGCUGGAAACAUGUUUGAGACUCUGACUCUUGCAAGAGACUAUGCAGCUGAGGUAAGGAGGGCUUUCCCAGAUAUAAACAACAAAACCCUGGAGGAGAGAGACUGGCCAAAGGAUUGCUACGUGUUUGAGGGAAAACAGAAUGAGCCCUCAAUUAUUUACCUGCCACUCUUCAACAGACGCAACUGCAAAGAUGCAGAGGAAGUGAAAGCAAAGAUGGAGGAGUUCUCCACCUUCCAGCGUCCCUUUAGCCAGGAGAAGAUUGAGUUUGUGUUGGAGGUGGCCAAAGACAACAUAAAGAACAACAAAGAAACUCUGCUAAGGGAGAUUAACAAGGCUGUUCUCCGCCAACACAACAAGAGGAAAUCUAUGCAGCACUAGAACUCUGAUUCUUGUUUCAUCAUGAUUAUAAAUCAGAUGGAGGUUUUGCUGUGCACAAGUGUAAGCUCUAUGCCUCAGGAGGAAGAGAGAACACAGCAUAACACAACUAAUAUGCAAUCAUGUAAUGUUACAACAUAUCAUAUCUUUUUCACUUGUAGAGUGUGUACACCAUAUGGCCAAAAGUAUUUGGAUUUGGUAUUUGGAUACCCCCUUUUUCAUGUUUUAGGUUAGCCCUCUUAGUUCCAAUAAAGGGAAAUCUAGAAACAGUAAAAAUUGUCAACACUUUGGAGAAGGCCCUGUGCUAUCUGAUGACAACCCCCUUGCACAAAACCAGGCCCAUAAAGAAAUGGGUUUCCAGUGUUGGUGCGGAGGAAAUCAACCCCAUUCAAUAUCUUUGGAUGAAUUGGACUGCAGACUGCAAGUCAGCCUGUUUCACCUAAUAUUAGUGCCUGGUGAACACUGAAGUAAUUUCUUAUGUGUUUAACGGUGAUAUGAUCUUUAUCCAUGUGUUCAUCAAUGAUGAUUGAUUAUCUGUAAUUUGUAGUCUAUGAUCAUUUAAAUACCCUGCCAGUCAAAAACA